AUGCGUGCCAAACGCGUUCCCUAUCCCUCGGACGCCCACCCUGCCUCCGCAGCAUCCAUCAGCAGCGUGCGCUAUCGCUGCGUGACCCCCCUGAACGCGGCACUGAACGCUCACCCUGUGUUCUGUCGCGCCGCGCACCACAACGCGCCGUCCUCAGAGCGCGUCCCCGCCAUCUUCGUCCCGCGCGCGUACCAGCCGCGCCUGCGCCAUCUGAACUACCUGGUGGCGUACGUGUGCUCGAUGAUGCGCGACGUCGCAGGGACGCGCGCUGCCGACUCGGGCUCGGAGGCGGAGGCGGAGGUGCGGGCGGAGAUGGAGCGCGCGCUCGUGUUCUUAAACGCCGUGCGGGAGGCGUUCUUCGAGGACGUGAGGGCGAAGUUCUACGACGCCAAGUCCAACACGAGCGGCAUCCGGCAAAAUGGCGAGAGUGCGAGGCCGAGGCGCAUGGACGACAGCUGGCGCUCGCCGCGCUUCGACGCGUAUCUGCGGGAGCUGUACUUCGUGCGGAACCACCGCGAGGACGCGGUCGGCCGGUACGUCAAGGAGCACGGCGCCCUCGUCGGAGAUCCGGUCCAGCUCGGUAAAGCACACGCGCUGCCUUGUUUGAUGGUGCUGACUGGUUGCUAUUGGCAGGCGUGGGCAGCGCAGAACGAUGACGCGAUGGCGUGUUAUGGCACCGAGGACGACGAGGGCUUCUAUCAUGGCAUUCCCGCUGCCAAAGAAGAAGCCAGAGCUCUGAAAGACGAACUCUUCCUGAGCGAAGCCACCCGCCGACGACAUCAGAGCUCUUCGGACCAUUAUCUUGUUACUGUGUUCCGCGAAUGCCUGGAAGAAGGCCUACAAGAUACUCGGCGACUGUGCUCUCUUGUUUGGAAGAUUCUUCAUAAUUACGGCCACCCGACAGGCAGCUCUGUAGAAUAG